AUGGAGCUGACUGACCGCACAGACACCCAAUCUGGCAGUGCUGCCGGCCAUUCUUCAGAAACUUCGGCCCACGAGCUCGAGGGCCCAAUCUUCGGAAUGCCUCCACUGGGAGCCAAAAUUGACCGAAUCAAGAAGCACGUCUCACGCUGGAAAAAAACGAGAGACAACACGCCAAGCUCGCUUGCUGCUCCGGCUGUCACUGUCUCUGCAUCUAGCUAUGUCGUCUCUGCGCCCCUCGGCCCCCUUGGGUACCCCCGCAUCGGCCCCGAUAGCCCACUUCCUUCGGCUUCCCCGCUGCAGCCCGUACUUACGUCGCCAACCAGCACGCUCAGUCAUGGCCACAGCAGCAGCAGCAGCAUUGCCAACAACAAGCUUGGCUUAGGCUACAAUGGCAACUCGAUGAACUGGCAGCCGGCACCGCCUGCACCAACAGUUUCCAUUAACUCCAAGUUAUGGUUGCAACGCCAUGCGCAGUUACUAAGGGAUUCAGAGGAUCCAAAUUUCGAAUCCGGCGUAAAUGGGAACCCUAGUCACAACCUGUUGCCUCGCUUCAGCAACGGCCAGCAAUGCUAUUCCGUACGUCAAAUCCCAAAGAUUGAUGAGUGGUGGACGAAUGCUUUGCGGGAUACUGGCAAGGAUGUCUUUCGCGAUAUCGCAAGGGCUCUCCACCCUUCGCCUCCGCAGUCUCCCAACCUCUCGGUGUCUAGUAAUCGGGCAAUGAGCACGAUCGCUCGCCAGCUUUCCCAGUUUUCCUGCAGUCAUUGCAACUUCAAUUUCAACCUCAAGGCGAAAGAUGUAAUCUCCACCAUGCAAACAAUGAUUGCCAACUAUGCCCGAGUAGGACGUGUCACUUCUGGCUAUGAAUGCCCGCAGUGCAAGGUCCUAAACUGUAUUGGAUGCGGUUUGGCUGCCCCGUCUGCUUACGACAGCACCGGAACCGAUAGCCGGCCGAUCAUAUCCUUGUGCUGCGGGGUGGGUCGCAUGAUGCUCAUCUGGGCUCUUUGCUGCGGCGUUGAUUACAAUGAAGUCACACCUGCUCCAGCUGUCGUGCAGGCCGAGUCUGGAAGCCUGGACUCCGCUGGCACUGGGUCCUCUGCCAAAACCCCUCCCAGUAAAUCUCACGGCAAGAGCAAAUCGGUAUCCAGCAAGCCAAGCCACAGCACAGCGGCGGCUUUCACUAUCAGCAAGAAGGCAUCGAAAUCUGCCACUCCCAAUGGAGUGGGUUAUGGCGAUGCAUAUAUCUGGUCGCCUAUGUCGAACUCGCCAUCCGCGUUUGGUUCGGCACAAAUACGAGCCAGCGUGAUGGCGGAGGACUACAAGUACCAGACUUACUACCUUCUGCUCUACCGCCUUCUCCCGCGCUCAAACAAAGGCGUCCAUUUGGACGACCCGUCGCCAGCGUGUGCAACUUUGUUACGCCACAUAUUAUGCCGAAGCCCCCUUCUUGCAAAGGCCUCUGAAUAUCUUCGCAACACCUCGAUCGAGGAUAUCACGAAACGGCAUGGACUGUACAGCGCCUUGUGGCAGUUUCUGGAUGCCAUCUGUGACCAGCCGUCCUUGGCCGUUGUUGUGACGCAGCCUAGAACCUUGUUUUCUGAGGCGGAGCAGCUUCCUCAUGCUUGCUUCCCGGUACUAGAGGCGACCACCACGAUGUCAGCAUCGACAGAGAGCGGAAAGGACAAGGAGAAAGAGCGGGAGUCGAGUGAACCCUUGGCCGUUCUCCUCCAUCGCAUCGCCGAACUGUGUCGAUUUGUCCUCCAGCAGUCUACCUACCACAGCUCCGAGUAUCUGACGGGCGACGGUAUUAAGACGUUGGGUAUCUGCCGUGAGUUGGCGGCUCUGAGUGACCGCUACUCAGCUGUGGAGUCACAGUAUCUGCAAAAUCCUCAAUCUUCUGUAGGGGGGAAUGCACAGCAGACCGCCGGCGAACAGAGAAGGCCGACCAGGACGUCAAGCCGCACACGAAAGGCCAACGAGCUGGCAGAAGAGAAGAGGCGUGCUGAGCAGAUGACGGCAUGGCACCGGGAACACUGCUUGUCCGAUACGGAGGAUGCGAAGGUGAUCGGCAACAACUACUUUGAGCCUCUGACAAAAUCUAUUCAAACGUCUCCCAAAGGGCGAAUGAAACGACUGAUCAAUGACGUCAAUAUCCUGCGGUCUUCUCUGCCGGAAGGCAUAUAUGUGCGCCACGCCUCAUCACGGUUGGAUGUGAUGAAGGCCAUGAUUGUCGGCCCAAGAGGGACGCCGUACGAAAACGGAUUGUUCGAGUUCGACAUCUUUUGUCCGAUCAACUUUCCCCAUUCGCCACCACAUAUGAGGCUGAAGACGACCGGCCAGGGACAGGUUCGGUUCAACCCAAACCUUUACCAUGAUGGGACGGGAACUUGGGGGCAAGGGCAGACGUGGAACUCGGAGCACAGCACUCUUCUGCAGGUGCUGGUAUCUAUCCAGGCAAUGAUCUUCUGCGAUGAGCCGUACUACAACGAGCCCGGACGGGAAGUGCGGAAAGAGCCGGCGGCCAGUGCUCAGGAAAAUGCAUCGCUGCAGAAGAACACGGUGCAGCACGCUAUGCUGUACUGGCUGAACUUGCUGUCUCUCGACAAGGAGAACGGCAGAAACGGCACAGCGACCAUCUCGAGCUCGCUGGCGUUUCCGGACAUGGCGGUGUGGGAAGACGUGGUGCGCAAGCACUUUGAGCUCAACGGACAUGCGAUCAUACAGGCGGCGUCGGGUUGGAACUUGCAGGACGGGAAACUUCAGGAGCUUACGACAGCGUUGAGACGGCACUCCUUUCUAGACUAA